CUCUUUCUCUGUGAUCCUUAGACCCUUUUCAUGGCCUCUAUCUCCAGAAUUCUGCCAACAGAUGGCAGAUUAAGUCAUUGCACUUCAUGGGUUCCUGUAACUCUUAUGAGCAGAGCUCAAACUUCACCUGAUUCUCUCAAGUUGUCUCCCGUUGGUAAAGCUGGAGUAAGUUUAAGGAUUCAGAACAGUUGUAGACCGUUACGCUCUGUCUUUGCUCUCGAGUCAGCUUCCUCCAGGAGCAGCCGAGUUGUUUGCAAUGCUGCUGCAGAUUUUUCAGGUGAUGCACCUGAAAGCACUCCUAAGGAGCUUAGCCAGUACGAGAAGACUAUUGAGCUUUUGACCACCCUUUUCCCACUUUGGGUUAUUUUGGGAACACUUGUUGGCAUCUUCAAGCCAUCUUUGGUUACAUGGUUGGAAACAGACCUCUUCACUCUUGGUCUUGGAUUUCUCAUGCUCUCCAUGGGAUUAACGCUUACCUUUGAAGAUUUCAGAAGAUGUUUACGUAACCCCUGGACGGUGGGUGUUGGUUUUCUUGCACAGUAUAUGAUCAAGCCAGUGUUAGGUUUCCUCAUCGCAAUGACUCUUAAGCUUUCAGCACCUCUUGCAACUGGUCUUAUCCUCGUCUCAUGCUGCCCUGGAGGACAGGCGUCAAACGUUGCCACCUACAUUUCCAAGGGCAACGUAGCACUCUCUGUACUCAUGACAACGUGUUCAACAAUCGGAGCUAUUAUAAUGACUCCUCUUCUCACUAAGCUUCUUGCUGGCCAGCUUGUUCCCGUUGAUGCUGCCGGACUAGCUCUUAGCACUUUUCAAGUAGUGUUGGUGCCUACUAUAGUUGGAGUUCUGGCUAAUGAGUUCUUUCCUAAGUUUACGUCGAAGAUUAUAACAGUGACACCUCUAAUAGGAGUCAUUCUCACCACUCUUCUCUGUGCUAGCCCUAUUGGACAAGUUUCAGAGGUUUUGAAAACGCAAGGAGGUCAGCUCAUACUCCCAGUAGCACUCCUUCAUGCUGCAGCCUUUGCUAUUGGCUAUUGGAUUUCAAAGUUCUCUUUCGGCGAGUCCACUUCCCGCACCAUUUCUAUAGAAUGUGGAAUGCAAAGUUCAGCGCUGGGGUUCUUGCUUGCACAAAAGCAUUUCAAAAAUCCUCUGGUCGCUGUUCCUUCUGCAGUCAGUGUUGUCUGUAUGGCGGUCGGUGGGAGUGGAUUAGCUGUGUUCUGGAGAAACCAACCGAUUCCGGAAGAUGACAAGGAUGACUUCAAAGAGUGAAAAGCUAUUUGUGUCUAUGGGAUUGUAAUGUUUAUAGACAUGAUGCUCCCUUGUGUUUGAUUGAAAGACAUAAACCAAGAUCUGUGUUAAAAAGGACAAACAAGGGCGUGCAUGUUGAAUCUGUGGUCAAAUUUUUCGUUUGUUUUGGGCUUGCCAAGUUAGUCCCAAGACUUGAGCAAUAACACAACUCUUAAACUAGCUUGGAUGACAGGCGAGAAGCUUGAUUUCA